AUGAGUGACUCGGCUCGUAUUGCAGCUUAUGGUGCAAUCACCAUCUGUACCAUUAGUAUUACCGCCACUUUGUUUUAUCUUCCAGUUUUCUUUUCGAGAAUUGAGAAUAUCAGAACCAGCCUUGCAUUCAGCAUGGAAGAGUUCAAUACUCUCCAGGCUGAAGUCUGGGGAGACAUGGUUCACCUUCGCGGAGAGAUUCCAGGACUUAAGAGACACCAAGUAAAGAGACAGGCUGGAAAUGAGCAAUGCAACUGCGACCAACAAAAUUUGUGCCCAACUGGACCAAAGGGACGACCAGGAUCCGAUGGACUUGACGGGCUUCCAGGAACACCAGGAGAGCAGGGAGAACAGGGAUUAGCCGGAAUCGCCCCAGAAGCUGAAAAGUCAAAGGACGGAUGCCGCGUCUGCCCACCAGGACCACCGGGAACAACUAUAUCCAGGGAUAUCCAGGACAGCCAGGACCACAAGGACUUCCAGGAAACCAGGGAGAUCAAGGAGAGAUCGGACGCGAAGGAUCACCAGGAGCCCAGGGAGCUCCAGGAGAUAUGGGAAUGAUGGGAGAGGCAGGAAAGGAAGGCGAGAAGGGAGCUCCAGGAAGAGAGGGAGUUCGUGGAGAGAAGGGACCAUCUGGACCACCAGGACUUCCAGGACUCGUUGGACCAAAGGGAUUCUCUGGAAACAGUGGGCCACCAGGAAGCCCAGGAGAGCCAGGGCCAGAAGGAGAGCAAGGACCAGCUGGAAAGGAUGGAGCUCCAGGUUACGAUGGUGGAUUCGGAAACUAUGGAGAGGCAGGACAGCCAGGAGAGGAUGCCGGAUACUGCAAGUGUCCAACCAGAAAGCAGAGAAAGCAUUAA